CACAUGUACGGCUGGCUGAAUGAGAAGCAAGAUGUUGCCCAGCAGAUCAAAGAAGCUGAAGACAGACGUGCGACGAUCAGUACUCCCCGGUGGGCUUAUCUGCAGGCUCGUAAGAAGGGAGAGGACCAUGGGCUUGUCGUCGAGAAGAUACGUCAUCUGGAAUCUGAAGCUGCGGUGCUUGCCCAGCCAUCUACGCCUUUAACCCCGGGGUAUCUGUCUAAGCAAACAUUAGUCGCCGAGUCCCUUGACGAAAGACCACCACAGGUUGGGCAGUCCCUUCGCAAUCUCUUUGUCCAAGCCAGCAAUCGACGUGGCUCUCAAAGGGCGCGGUUCCGAUCGAGUGCCGAAUCAGACCAGGAGGCGUUGCAAGACCAAACCAAGUGCCGUCGCGAGCCCACGCACCCGAACGUUUCCACAACUCAACAUGAUGUCCAAUAUAAGUACAUACCACCCUCGCCAUACACCCGCUGCACCUACGGCCUUGCAAGAGUCUAUCCGUCAGUCGACCGGAAUACGCACAUAAACGGACGGGUGGCACCAACCGACCUUCCUCAAGCUGGUUUCGUUCCAGCAUACACCUCUUACGAGAGCAAGCCCUACAACAUUUAUGCCAAAUUCGAGGCCAACAAGCCGCGCAAGAGGGAAUGUCAGCUCAUGCCAAUACCUGCGCAGCUACAACAAGAGGUCGCAGAUGAGGACACGGAGUCCAGGAGCUCGACCAACACAUCGCCUGUGCUCGCACCAAACCCGACUCCUAUCGAACUCGACUUUGAUAUUGAUGCCACUGUCCCUCUCCUACCCAGCUCCGACCCACCACUAGACGAGCAAUACCCUCAGGAUGCCGAACUUGACUUCGAGGUGGUAUCAUACGAGGGAACCAGUUCAUCAGCAGAUUCCGAAGACGAUUUCGCUUUUGAUUACGAAGUCGUGGAUGCGGAUUCACGCCCGUCGUCGUCGCUGUCCGUGUCCUCGGGUCUCCAGUAG